AUGUUAGCUCCUGCCAUCACAGGGCGCAACUGGGGUGCCGACUCUAAAACUCUCAGAACUACUUACAUGGCCCUAAUAAGGCCUAUUCUAGAAUACGGCUAUCCAGUCUACAACUGUGCCUCAAACACCAACUUACAAAAGCUUGAAAGGGUACAGCUUAGUGCGGCUUGUAUUAUUACAGGACUUCGUAACAGUUGCCCAAAUGAGAUAGUACUAUAUGAGGCUGAUCUGCAACCUCUCAGCCUUAGGAGAAAAACUAAUUUGAAAAAAUAUUUCUCAAACCUCACCAGUUAUGGGACCCAGAAUCGAACGUCUGAGUUCUUGUUGGGGUGUACCAACAAUAAAAAAUUAAAGAAAAAUAGCCCUUUAAGCUUGGCUGACUCAGACAACUUGAUCCCAAAAAAUGUAAUUCAGCAUAGUUUGAAACAGAACAUUAAUCCCUCAAUUGGUUUAAACAGAGUCUACUUCCACACGGAUUUCCCUUCCCAGGUGAACAAGAAAUCAGAUGCACCGGCUUAUUUGAAACAAUUGGCUUUAGAAGUGAUAAACAAUAUCCCUGAGGACUCUAUAAUAAUGUAUAAGGAUGGUAGUCAGGAUGAACGUAACUGCUCUGGUAGUGGUGUUUAUAUUUUAUUCCAAGGGUGUGCAACAAAAUUAAGCAGAAGAAAUCCAGACUUUUGCUCAGUUUUUAAAAGCGAGCUUAUUGCUAUCGAUGAGGGGCUCGGUUCAAUUUUGUCUUCUCCCGGCUCUUCAGCCGUUUGGAUUCUGUCAGAUAGCCGAAGUUCCAUCCAGUACCUCUCUAAUUGGCAUAAAGUUGAAAUGCCAUUUGAUUCUAUGUCUUUCCUGUCUGGACACAUGAAGAACAAGGCAGACUAUGAUUCAGUUAAAAAAUAA